AUGUCGGCUCUGUCUCUUGUCCCCAAAACUUUUCUUCCAUUUCUCUCCUUCCGGUGCCUCUCAGUGACUACUCGCCUGAGGUCCGUCGCUGCUCGGACCAUGAGCUCUCAAUCGAACCAGCGAGUCUUCCAGCUCAGACAAGACCCUCUCACCGGCACUUCGGAGUGGAUUGUCAUCGAAGAGAAUGACCAAACCGGUGGUGUUCCUGAAACUUCUACGGACGGCCUCCUCGCGAGGACAUCGUAUCUGGACAUGCUCAAUGAUUCUUGUCGCAACCGAGCUUUCCGUCUAGCUAUCGAGAAAACCAUAACCGAACCUUGCCACGUCCUUGAUAUCGGUGCUGGAACUGGGUUGCUAUCGAUGAUGGCUGCAAGAGCAAUGGGAGAAGAAGGGACCGGUGACUCUAAGGGAAUUGUUACGGCGUGCGAGUCGUACCUUCCCAUGGUGAAGCUUAUGAGGAAGGUUUUGCAUAAGAACGGUAUGGCUAAGAACAUUAACCUUAUCAACAAACGAUCCGAUGAACUCAAAGUUGGGGAAGAUCUUGAUUCACGAGCUCAUGUUCUUGUAAGUGAAAUAUUGGACUCUGAGUUACUUGGUGAAGGUUUAAUCCCAAGUUUACAACAUGCUCAUGACAUGUUGCUCGUUGACAAUCCAAAAUCAGUGCCGUACCGAGCUACUACAUAUUGCCAGCUUGUAGAAAGCACGUUCUUAUGUAACAUGCAUGAUUUACAAAAUAACGAGGCUAAGAAACCAGAUGGUGUUCGUCUAGUACCUCCUGGCUUAGAGAGUCUACUUGGCAUCAAGUCACAACAAUAUGGUAUGCAUGUCGAUGCUAUUGAGAAAGAGAUCAAACUGUUGUCAGAGCCCGUCAAAAUAUUUGAAUUUGACUUUUGGAAACGGCCAGAAAGUAAUGGAGAGCUUGGAGUGGACAUAGAAGCAAUAACAGAGGGUAGUAUUCAUGCUAUAAUUUCAUGGUGGGUGCUGCAGCUUGAUAGUGAAGGAACAAUCUUCUACUCUACUGCUCCUAGAUGGAUAGAUUCAAAUUCUGAGAUAGGUCUAAGGGACUGGUGUGACCAUUGGAAACAGUGUGUUUGGUUUACUCCAGGAGCAGGUGUGUCCAUAUCGAAAGGAGAAAAAGUUCAUUUGCAUGCUGCUCAUACUUGUACUAACAUCUUGUACAAUCUGAAGAAGGCUCAAAGUUUGACAAGUGAGAACUCUCCUUUAAGUACUGGAGAUCUGCAGCUCACAUUACCACCCGAAAGAGUCGCAAUAUAUGGUGACAGUAUAUAUAGGCAAUCCAUGAUUGAUGCCACAAGAAAAGCUUUACAGGGGAAAUCUCAUUCACAUUGUCUCGUCAUUGAUGAUAGCCUUCUCUUACCACUUAUGGCUCUACAUAUCUCCAACAGAUCAAGGGUCAUAUCAUUGUCGCCUGGGCUGCAAGAGAAUGCUGCCAGAUACUUGGAAGCCAUUGCUGAUUCAAAUGGUUUUUCAAAAGAUCGUUUCAAAUAUUUUAGAGAAGGGAAGGCAAAGUUGGUGGAAGCAUAUUCAAAUGAGAUUGAUCUGUUGAUCGGAGAGCCAUAUUACUACGGACUUGAAAGUGGGCUUCCAUGGCAGAAUCUCAGAUUCUGGAAGGACAGAACUCUACUUGAUUCUGCCCUGACAAAAGAUGCAGUGGUGAUGCCGUAUAAAGGAGUUUUGAGAGGUUAUGCAAUGUUUCUUCCUGAUCUCUGGAAGAGCCGUUGUUGCCUUGGGAGUGUAGAAGGGUUUGAUCAUGCUUUGGUGAAUACAACAUUAGGGGGAUGUGGUGAUCUACCUUCUGGUAAAGACAGUCCUUGUUUGCCCGUCUUUAUCUGGCAAUGUGGAGAGACAAAGAAACUUAGCAAGGAAUUCACAGUCAUGGAGUUUGAUUUCUCCAAGCCCAUCACAGGUCCAUGUUAUGGGGAAGUCCAGAUUGAGUUUAUCAAACCCGGUGUAUGCCAUGGAAUUGCAUUGUGGAUGGAUUGGGUGAUGGAUGAAGAAAACUCAACCGUAAUCUCAACAGGACCAGAUGAAAGAUAUUGGAAGCAAGGAGUGAAGCUAAUAAGAAAACCAGUCACAGUAAGAGUCGAAGGUUCCUCCUCUAUAAGAGCCGAAGGUUCCUCCUCCAUAAGAAUCCAAGCUUCCUUGGAUCCAUCUUCAAACGGCGAGCUCAUCAUUACACAUACUUUUUGUUGA